GUUAAAUUGAAAUCCAUAAAAUUGUGAGAUUGAGAAUUAGCAGAAUGCAGUGGAAUAUCCAAACGUCGAUCGCCGUUCUCUCGCUCCUCUUCCUAUCAGGCGGCGCCGCUCCCACGGCGUACGAUGCAAUCCAAUCCUACGGUUUCCCUAUCGGUAUCCUCCCAAAGGGUGUAACACUCUACGAUUUGGACGAUUCAACCGGAAAAUUCAACGCCUAUAUCAACGGUUCCUGCAGUUUCUCUUUGGAAGGCUCGUAUCAGCUCAACUACAAAUCUGUCAUCAGCGGCUACAUACGUAAAGAUAAGCUCACUAAUUUAUCUGGCGUUCAAGUCAAAGUGCUGUUUGUAUGGUUGAGCAUUGUCGAGGUCAGGAAAAACGGUGAUAAGCUCGAAUUUUCCGUUGGGAUUGCAUCCGCAGGCUUUGCGAUUGAUAAUUUCUUUAUCUGUCCCCAAUGUGGCUGUGGAUUGGAUUGCAAUGGCCUCGACGGGGAGGAUCUUACGAGUGAUUCUCUUGUUUCUUCGAUUUAAAAUCGAGGAUUAGCUCUGAUUGGGAUACUUACAAAAAUAAUCUAUGACCACAACUUCUCUGUGGAAAGAUACUCCAAUUCGAUUUUGAUGGACAGGGAGUGGUAUUUUCACCAGAAGAAAUCAUCUUUCCAUCAUACUUCAGUUUGUUGAUUCAUACGAGUAGUUAAAUGAUGCUUAUGCAUUCCGAAAAUGAAAUUCGAGAUUGGAGCAUGAAAAGGUGAAAAAAUGCAGACACUUUUGUAGCAUCGAUCUGGUCAGAAAUUUGAAUUUCUCUGACCUCCUAUCCAUUUACCCUUAUCUUGCUUAGCAGGCAAAAGGCCAAUCAAUGGGGUCAAACAGUUUAAUUAUCGAUUUAAUAUGUAAAAUUCAAUGAAAUUUGAUGCUGGGCUCUAACUUCGUACGUAGCUCAGACAGUUGUUUCAAUGAAUACAAAAUACUGCGUCGCUUUCUAA